AAUAUCAUUCUGCUUCAUCAUUUGGACUCGUUCACCUCAGCUGACACGCUCAACAGCAGACAGGUUUUUGUAUUACUCUGUUUCACUGUGGGAGGGUCCGUGAUCUUUGGCUCUGGAACUAAACUUUAUGUAACAGAUGAGCCGGUAGUGAAGCCCGUGGUGAGCGUGUACCCAGCAGCAUCCAGAGCCCACCUGGAGGGGAAGAGCUCCCUGCUGUGUCUGGCCUCAGCCAUGUUUCCUCCUCUGGUCCAGUUCUCCUGGAAAAGACGAAAGGACAACGGUCCUCUGGAGGAGCUGCCCCCUGCUGAGGGAGAGCAGCUGGAGCUCAGAGAGCCGGGACGCACCGCCGGCAUCUUGCUGAUCCGUCAGCCAGAGAACAGCACGUAUAAAUACCGCUGCUACGUCCACCACGAGGGGGGCGCAGUGGAGGCCCCAGCAGAACAAGAGGUUCCAGCUCCAGCAGCCUCCUGUCCUCCAGAGAGAGAGCCAGCACACCUGCCAGCUCUGCAGCAAGCUGACUUGUCCUUCCAGUCUCAGUGCAAGGUGAAGCUGCUCUGUGUGCUGUACACAGUGCUGAUAGUGAAGAGUCUGGUGUACUGCUGUGGACUCUCUCUGCUGAUGAUCCUCAGAAACAAGGGACCGUCCACCAACUGCACACAUGCUGACUGACUGGCCUUUUCUCACCAUCAAAUCUCAUCAAUUCAUCUAAUUCAUCACUUUGAUCACUAUUCACAAAUAUCAAUGAUGACGUUGAGGCGACCCCUGCUGUCGCCUAUAUAGUAGGGUUCCUGUUAACCUGCCAUUAGGGCCUUCUGGGAACACCUGGGCCCAGUGUUCCCAGCCUAUAAAGCCUAGGCUCAUGACUCAUUCUCUCUCUCUCUUUCCCUACAGACACCAUCGCUGGUCAUGUGGCGGCCUUAGGUUCUCCUCGGUUAAUCUUUUGCUUGUUUUAUACAUUUUACAACAUGCACACACCAUUUAUAUUCUCAAUGCACACCUUACCCUACUGAUACUACUGAUAUUCACACUCCAUACCUUUUGAUCCUUUUGUUCUGCAUAAUUUACUCUACUUUUGUUAAAUAGAUUAAUUGAUUUUAUCGUUACCACGGUGUGUCUUCCUAUUUGUCAUGGCCUUGAGAGCCAGGUUGUGACAAAUUGGGGGCUCGUCCGGGAUUUGAACCCGGGACCUCUCACACGUUUUAAAAUCUUUUUAUGCAGGUUAGAUACUGUCAUCCUAAAAACAUAAAUCCACACACACACACACACACCCACACACACACACAAACACACACACACACACACACACACACACACACACACACACACACACACAUAUAAAUUUACAGUUCCUCAGUAUAAAUUCUGUGUAGUGUUAUUUUGAUGCUGUAUUUCCAUUUUAAUUGUGACUUGUAUAAUAAUAGAACAUUAAGAUGACUCAUUAGCUGUCUGGUAGAUAUUUGAUUGUUUACAGUGUUUUUCUGUUCUUGUGUUUCUUUUUAAUACAUUAUACAGAGUCAGAUUUGUCAAAUUCAUUCAGUGUAACAUUCUCAAUAAAGUGUCUGUGUGUUAUAAA